CAAGCUUGGUGUAAGUUCAGUGUGAUUAUAGUUUUCGAGCUCGGGCCGUGAUGCAAGGCGACCGCUAGUGGUUUAGUAGAAUCUUCACGGUGAGCGCACGCGCAGGUUGUGUAGCAUGGCGCUGAUAUUGAAAGCGGCUUGGCAGGGAUACAGAUAUGUGUUUGAAGAGCUGACUGACCCAAGAACGAACACAUGGUUCCUCUGCGCCAGACCCUACCAGGGUCUAACACUCCUCGGUCUGUACCUCAUGUUCGUGCUCAAAUGGGGCCCGGCCUACAUGAAGAACCGGCCCGCUUAUAACUUGGAGAAGGUCCUGAUCGUGUACAAUGCUUUACAAGUGUUGAUAUGUGCACGGAUAUUUAUAGGGUCCCUAAUCUACGCGUGGGCGUUCGACUACAAAUGGCUAUGUGAGCCUGUGGACUACACAACAGACGAGAAGGCGAUGCGUGUAGCCCGAUACGUGUAUUACUACUUCCUUGUCAAGAUUCUCGACCUGGCGGACACUGUAUUUUUUGUACUCCGUAAGAAGAACAGCCACGUGUCCUUCUUACACGUGUACCACCACACCGGCAUGGUUAUGUUGACGUGGGGCGCUGCUACAUACUUCCCAGGAGGCCACGGAACCUUGAUUGGGGUGAUCAACUCGUUUGUCCAUGUGAUCAUGUACGGGUACUAUCUCCUGACCGUGGCCGUGCCGAGCAUGAAGGAAUCCAUGUGGUGGAAGAAAUACAUCACGCAGAUGCAAAUUUUGCAGUUCCUAAUGAUCGUAGUUCACAUGGCGACCCUGGUCUGGAAGACGGACUGUGCCUACCCCCGCUGGAUAGCCGCCGUUUUUCUACCUCAGAAUCUUUUCAUGCUCAUACUGUUCAUAGACUUUUAUAUUAAAGCUUAUAUCAAACCUAAGAAGUCCAAACUGAACGGUCUGCAGAAUGGUCACAAUGGUCUCCAGAAACGGCACAGUAAUGGUCAUCUUAAAAAUGGAAAAAAUGGUGUUCAUAAAAAAAUAGAGUAGAUUUAAUUAACUUCAUAUCUUAGAAUAAUUUACUUAAACACCUAGUUCCUGUAUUUUUUUAAUUAUAGUUAUAGCUACCGUAAACUCGGGUUACUUUGACCCAAUGGAGGGUAACUUUGACCCACAUGAAAUGACUCUCAUUUGAAAGGGUUUUAAUAUAAACUGGACCAAGUAAAUCUUAAUGGCCAAAGUUACCCUCCAGGGCUAAAGAAAUCCGACUUUACGGUACGUAGUUAGACCAAGAUAAGUCUGCAACGAUUUAGCACAGCACACAGUGCAAAAUGUUAUUUAUACGUCAUAAUGUCAUAGCAGUUUGAGGUUUAAAAUAACACUUUCACUGCGUGUGCUUAAAAAUUAUUGCAGACUUCUUCGUUCAACUUGACCCUUUACCAACUUUCAUGCUGAAUAAUAGCGAAUUCAUGCCGUUAUAGGGCACCACUCACGAUGCGCAUGCGCAUGCGAUUUUAAGAUAAUUGCUGGCUAAGGCCCACUUGCACCAUUCCACUAACCCGGGGUUAACCGUUUAAACCUGGAGUUACCAUGGUUACCAGUACAAUUUGACACUGAGUUAACGGUUUAACCGCAUAACCCCGGGUUAGUGGGAUGGUGCAAGUGGGCCUAAGUAGGCGCAAUGAAUUCAGUCGAUCGAUUAAAUCCCGCAAUAUAACGCAAAUCGCAUGCAAUUAUUGGAUUUAUUGGUGAUGUCUGCGGAGGCCUUACUAAGUAAAUUUUGAGACCUGUUGAUAAGGUAAACGUACUGGUGCUCGACGCGGUCCCAGUACAUGUCAUCUUGAAACUUAAGUCAUUGUCAAUAAGAUAAAGAUCAUCAUCAUCAUCAUCAUCUCAGCCAUAAGACGUCCACUGCUGAUCAUAGGCCUCCCCCUUUUUGGGGGGUGAAUGCCAUAAUCGCCACGCUUGGCAGGCGGGUUCGCGAUCGCAGUCGAGUACACCGAAUUUGAGGGACGCUGCUGCCCGUCCACCGGUGGUCUUGGACGUAGUUUAAGGACAUACCCGGGUCCUAAGAUAAAGAUAAAAAAGAUAAAAAAUAGUUUAUUCAAGUAGGUAUAUUAUACACCGUGUUUUUUUUGAUUUCCGUUAAUUUCAAGGGUGCAUUCCUGAGCUUAAAUCAAGUAACUUUCACAAAGACACUGAUGUUCUAAUUAAGUCCAUUUCGGAGAUAAUCAAUAAUUUAUUUUUUUCCUAUAAGGCCUCUACAAGCGUGUACACUUGCCUUAGGGCCGAUUUACAUAUUGAUUAGUAUUUAUAAUGAAUUCAUACAUUUGCUACUAAACUUAAGUACAAUCUCGGUCGAUUGAUGUAUGAAAUGACAUUGAUAUGUCACAGAUUUCAAUUGUUUGGUUGAGUUAAAUGUAAUGCCCGUGUUACAACAACGCUACAUGCAACAUUUAAUUACCUUUUAAACAAAAGAAAAUCCAUAAAAGAAAACAAAAAAAAUUUUUUUUUUUUAAUUAACUAUGCCAUUUACUUUUCUUAAACGUACUUAACCAUACCCCGAAGUUAACGGAAUUCAAUAAAAACACGGUGUAUUAUAAUGCGCUUAUGAACAUCAAAUAAAGCUAUACCGGCUCCAAUAGAAGUGACAGCAAGGUGUCAUCUAUUAGCAUGUCGAGCACUAACUAGUACGUUUACCUUACUGUAUGUGUUAGAAACGUUAAAGUUCGUAUAAGAAUGCUCAUAGGGAGGAAAAAAUAUUGUUAUUAAAUACAAGUGAUACAUUGUUAUUAACAACAAUAAUUACCUAUUGCCUAUAAAAAAAAAAAGUAAUAUAAUAAGAACAUACGAUGUUAUUUAUUUUCUGUUAGUAAGGUUAGAUGGGGUAAGAGAGACAACGGGACCAGAUAGGUAAACACUUAUAAGGAAUCCUCCUACUGUUUAUCUUGCCUCGAGCAAAAAUAAACUAUGUUUGUCCCCACCUGACCUUAAAAAAUAUUUGACAUUUAAUUAGGUACCAUUGGUAGGUACCUAAUAGAGAUGUACUUAAGUAUUAUUUAAGUCCCUAUGUUUAAUUAUUAAUAUAUUUUACAGUACAUCUGGUGCUUCAUUACGACACCCUGUGCUAUAAUAAGCACAUUACGUAACUACGUCAAAUAUUUAAAUGGCUAUGUACUACCUACUGUAAAACCUUGUGCGAAUCGCGCAGUGCGAUACAUUUGUGAAUAGGUACCUAAUUCGCAACUUAUGUCGAUUUAAAAAACUCCCUUCGGUCGUGUUUUAAAACUCACCACCUGUUGCUAAUUUCCUAUUUUCCGCACUUGUAUCGUAAAUAAUUAUUAUUACAAUGGACAGAAAUAUAAUAGUACAUUUUUAUAUGACUGUAUUUAAUUUAGUGCAACAGGUUUAUGAUACGAGUAUUUAUUCAUAGUUAUAAUAAUGUCAAGAGUGCACGACUAAGAAGAGGCGCAGACUUUUGCUCAAAAUUAGCAUAAGUACAAUGUUCGGACAAUGCCUAUGGGUACCCCAGUGCGUCUUCGCAUUGUCCGAUCCAAUAUCGGAUGUCGGAUGACCCUUGCAAAAAGUCUGCUCCUAUUAGAGAGUGCCAUAGGCUAUCUCUAUAUUCUCUAUGGCAUCAAGAGUCCUUACAAAAAAAAAAACUUUUUUUGUGCUUGUUUUAGACAUCCGAUAUUGGAUCUUCGCUCUCAGGGACAACAUAUUAUUGCACCUAUUGUAAAUUAAAAUAAUAAAAUAUUGUUUUUA